UUUUUUUAAAAUGAAGACUGUCAAUGAAGAAAAAAUCGCAAUAUAUAAUGGAGAAGAUAUUAAAUACUUUGUCUUUCCAGAUAAAUUUGAUCAUACGUAAAGUGGAGUUCCUGGAAAUCCUUGUUAUAAUUUUAGAUUUAGGAUUUUCGUGUUCUUUUCAUAUAUAGUCCUUACAUAACUUUUUUAGCUUUUUUGUACUCCAACAGAAAAGAUUACAGGAGUUUGGGAUAUUGGACACUAAAUUACAACGCCAAUCAACAAUUUGUAUAAAGAACAUCGAUGGUAUUCUUAUGAUAUAAUUUAGGUUUUCUAUUGCUUUGUAGUUACUCUCAGCAGUUAUCUUAGAUGUAGCUUACCUUUAUAUUUCACUAUAUUGGGUUCUCUACCAAAGAAAUUUUAGAUUAUUCGCUGCUUUAAUUAUCUUUUAUGUGGUGAGAGCCAUACAUCUAAAUCUUGUUAAAUUGGAAUUCCCAUAAAAUUACUACUGGGAAGACCCAAGCAUUCCAAGUUUGGUUGUGAAAUAUGGAUUUUUCUCUGACUUCUUUUAUUCUGUAAUAUUGAACCAAUAUAAUUUUAGGGACAUGUUGGAUACUUGAUUAUCUGUGGACUUGAAAUGAGAAAGAUAGGUAAAAAAUACAUGUCAGCAUUUUUCUUCAUAUGUUCUUUAUACUAAGCUUUUGUUGUAAUUACAUUUGCAAUUCAUUACACGAUUGAUGUAAGAUUAAAAUUCUUAUUGUAGGUAACAACUGGAUGCAUAUUUGCACACUACUUUUAUAAUUAAGUUUGCUAUUGGGAAGUUAAGAUAGAUUUUUUCCUAAAAAUAAUCGCUAACCUAUUUGCUCGCACUCCAAAAUAACCUAAUAUCAAAUAUGAAGUUUAAGGUGAUAAAUAGAUAGGAGUGAUAACUGCGUGAGAAUAGUCAAUUUUAUUAUAUAUAUUUCAUUCAUUUAGAGUAUAAA